AUGCGAUUCUCCACCGUUUACUUAGCUGUUGUCUGUGUUCUGUCUGUAGUGGAUGGCAAUUACUGUUUAACCUGUGGCAGUGACAAAUCUCUAAAACUGUGGAAUCCACAUCGAGGAAUCAUCCUAAAGACCUACAGUGGCCAUGGAUAUGAGGUUCUGGAUGCUGCUGGCUCCUGUGAUAAUAGCCAGAUUUGCUCGUGUGGAUCCGAUAAAACUGUUGUCCUGUGGGACGUGGCUACAGGACAGCUGGUCCGGAAAUUCCGGGGCCACAGAGGGAAAGUAAACUGUGUUCAGUUCAAUGAGGAAUCGACAGUCAUUGUUUCAGGUUCCAUCGACACUUCGGUUCGGUGCUGGGAUUGUCGCUCACGGACUUCAGAGCCUAUUCAAAUCCUGGAUGAAGCAAAGGAUGGGAUUUCUAGUGUGAAAGUUUCAGACCAUGAAAUUCUGUCAGGGUCUGUCGAUGGGCGAAUUCGGAGAUACGACUUACGGAUGGGACAACUUUUUGCAGAUUUUAUUGGAAGUCCAAUAACGAGUGUGUGUUUCAGCAAAGAUAGUCAGUGCACGUUGAGUUCGAGCCUGGACUCUACAUUGCGCCUGUUAGAUAAGGAGACUGGGGAGCUUCUUGGCGAGUAUACAGGACACAGGAACACAGACUGCAAGCUGGAUUGUUGCUUUAAUGAAUCUGACACACAUGUAGUGAGUGGCUCGGAGGAUGGGCUUGUGUACUUCUGGGAUCUGAUCGAGGGAUCCUGCACUCUCACUCUGCCUGUUGGGAAGGGUGUGGUGCAGUCACUGAGCUACCAUCCCACCCAGUGCUGUUUACUGACUGCCACUGAGGAUACUGUCCAGCUCUGGGGAGAUGACAGUGAAGAGGCAACCCCAUCGUGACCAUCACUAGAACAGGACCAGCUGCUCCAUGUAUUACCGAGAACCACGGGACCUUUACACAGCUCUCUGAGUCUCGCUCAAAACAAUAACAGCAGAGGCUGGUGAACAAGGCAGAAAUUCUCAACCAAGGGAAUGGUCAAGUUAAUGUCUUUAAGUACUCAUCCAGCACUGAGAAUUGACUGGCAACAUAACUUUAUUUUGUUGUGAAUAACAUUAUUCUGUUGAAAGUGGCUGAGGUUCACAUUUGUAUUUAUAACAUCAGGUUUCCAAGUGAAUAAAAACAGAGACUCAAAACCA